UCAACGUUGUCAAAAUCACAGAAGAAAUCAGUUUCUUGAAAUUGUUUUUAUUACAUUUAAUUAAAUACCUCUUUGUUUAAUAAUUUGUUUUUGAUGUGGACUUCUGAAUGUAAAUUCUAAAGUGUGACUCUAUAAGACAAAAAUAUGGGAGGUAAAAGUAAACAGAGUCAGAGAACCAAAAACAAUGCUCGGCCAUCCAGCAGCGGCCGUAGUGCUGAGCUUCUCAACAGCGUCACAUUUGACCAGUCCAUCAUGGGAGGGAAGAUGAUGCCGCUGUUCCCAACUUUCACGUCACCAGCCUUGGAACAAGGGCUCACUGCGGAGUUCUCAGUAUGCAUCAAAAAACUCAACAAAAAAGAUCCUAUUACGAAAACAAAGGCUCUUCAAGAGUUGAGUGAGUUGGUGAACAACAGCAAAGUUGACGAUGUAGUGGCUGCUCUGCCCAGCUGGGCGCACUUCUACAAAAUAUUGGCCGUGGACACCGACUGCAAAGUUAGGGAGGCCGCUCAGGCGUGCCACCUGAGCGUGGCGCGCGCGUGCGGGCGGCGGAUGGCGCCGCAGCUGCGGCAGCUGGUGCCGGCCUGGCUGCAGGCGCAGCACGACGAGCACGCGCCCGCGCAGGCGCACGCGCACAACUCGCUGGCCGCCACAUUUCCAGAGAAUAAAUUGCCAGAAGUUAUAUCGUUCUGUAAGGCAGAAAUAAUUGCUCAUCUUCUUGAAAAUAUCACUGGGAGUGGAGACAAAGUCGUCAUGAGCAGGAUCGAGAGCGCUGAGGAGCGCUCGCUGCAGCAGCAGCGGCUGGUGGCCAGCAGCCUGCAGGGGCUGCGCUUCCUGGCGGCGCGCCUGCCGCCCGCGCAGCACGCCUGGCUGUGGGCCGAGCUCGAGCCGCUGUUCGCCGCGCCCGCCUUCUGGAAGUACCCCACGCACGCGGCGCCGCAGGUCAGGGCGGCGUGGUUCGGCGCCAUGAGCAGCGUGAUAGAGCGGUUCGGCGACUCACUAGGCGCAGGCGUAGGCGCGCGCGCCACGCGAGUUUUGUUGGCGGCUGCGCACGAGCGUCAACCCAUCGUCGCGCACCAGCUGUGGGGCUGCCUACUGGCGCUUAUGUACAGCGUGCCGGACUGGCACAAAUGGCUCGACAGAAAGGAUCUCCUCAUCAAACGAAUUCUGGAAAUGCUAGAAAAAGGCGGCUGGGGCGACGCACGGCGGCUGAGCGACAUGCUGCUGCCGCUGCUGGCGCACCUGCCGCCCGACCUGCUCACAAGGGACUUCCACGAGGCCUUCUUCGGCGCGCUCUGCAAGGGCUUACUGAAGAAAAAUAUCCUCAGUUCAAAAAGCGAGCGACAGUACUGGAUUACGAGCUUAUCGGAAUGCUUGCGGUACCUCUCCAUCCAACAGAAUGACUACGUCCUAGAGGUCGUGACCUCCGUGCACCGCACGUGGCUCAAGAACGUGCUCCUGCCCGAGCACGACGCGCAGCUAAGGAAUAACUUGGUCAAGCACUCCGCCACUACCAUGGUCGCGCUCGUCAAGUACUGGCUCAAGCAGUCCAAAGAACCGAACGGCGAAAAAUAUGACCAGCUCAUCAGAAACUUCUGGCAAAACGUUGCGUCGACGGUUUUACUGCAACUGGACGAAACGACAGUGGAUGCUGAAAAAAUCGUGCACAUUAUUGAAGGACACAUUUUGCUGUUGCAAACUUUGAAAACGGCUUUCCUUAGUGAAAAUAAGAAACCUCUUAGCAUAAAAUUCCACGGUGAUGUUCCUAACGAGGAGGCGGAGACUAAAGUCACUCCGGUCCAGGACCUUGAUGCGGCGUCGAUAGAAAGAUACAAACAUAACUUAAACGAAGUCGUAGAGAAAAUUGUGUGUGGGCAUUUCGAAUUCGCAAACAAAAUAGAUAUUUGCGAACCUAUCCUCAUGCCUCUGAUCACCAUUCUGAAUGAGUUCGACAGUAAAAACCUGUACAUAGCAGUGGGUAAACAUUUCAACGCGAACGGAGUGUACGAGCUGUACGAUAAAUUGUUGAGGACUUGGAUGGUGACCGACACGAUGCGGUGUAAGGCGAUAGUCGACGUCAUUUUCAUCUUGAUGAAACACUUGACUGAUGAAGAACAGGAUGCAGUCCUUGCGUCAUUUGAUCAGUUCCCGUGCGGCGCGCUGGAGUGGUGCGUGUCUGCGGCAGCUUGCCACCUGCAGUGGAGGUGCGCGGGCACGCGGCGCUGGCUGCGCGGGCGCACCGUGCGCGCGGCGCUGCUGGCCCUCACGCGCCGCCUGCUGCGCCGGCGCUGCGCCGCGGCCAGGAGCCUGCUGCUGGUGUGCCUGUCGCGCGACGCCGCGCCCGCUGGCGAGAUGUUAAUCGGCGACGAGACAGCGUCCAAAAUCGCAGAAGUGGUCAGCGGCGCGCUAAGAGAGGCGCUGGACCCAUCUAACGCGGACCAAGAGGACGGCAUCGACCUCGAGCACGCGGCGUCCAUCGCGGCGCACCUGGCCACAACAGUUGCUUCGAAGGCGACUGAUGAGAACUACCUGCAGUUGACGCUCAACCUCUUCAUGGUGAAUGUGGCUGUGCCGCGCGGCUCGCCCCGGCUGAGCGUGGAGUCGUGGCUGGAGGUGCGCGGCGCGGCGCACGACGGGCUGGCGGCGCUGCCGCGGGAAGCGCGCGUGGCCGCCCGCGCCCGCGCCGCCAACGAGCUGCAUAACGCCCUGCUGGCGCUUAAGGAUACAGUCAGCAUAACCCAGAUCGAGCACAUGACGUCACUCUGCCCGUUCUUGUUGAGCGAAUGCGACGACAGCGAGCCCCCGACCGACGUCAGCGAAAUUGUUGAAUUCACGAAGCAGGUGCUCGCUCUCCCACAAACGAUGUCAGCUGUCCCGGCCGAAACCUUCGCCUUACGAUACGACUGCAUCGCCAACAGACUCAACUGCCCGUUCGAAGACGACAACGACCUCAUCAAAGCCAUAGUGAAGGAAGCGUCCGAUAGCAAUCCGACGGAACUAACUAUAACCGACCUUGUGCCGUAUUUGAAUAAGUUCCUAUUUCGCGCGAUAUUCCUGCGGACCAUGCUCCUGCAUAGAGGCUCGCACGAGGAGGAGGAAGAUGAGGACGAGGAGCCGAAGCAGAACGAGGCGUGGUGCAAUAACUUGGUGAGCGACGAGUACAUACAAGAGGAGUUUUGUAAUUUGCUUCGAGAUUUCAUGGUUGUGACCUCCCUACAUGAAGGAUAUGGCUACUGGGUCCACCACACGCUAAUACAGGAAACGAAAUCCAAAAUGGACGCAAUAUUCGAUGCUAUAAUUCCCGAGACGUCCGAAGACCUCAGGGCUAGUAUUCUCACCCGGCUGUCGGAGCGCGCGGCCGCCGAAGGCUACUACUGGUCGUACGCGCGGCGCUUCUACGAGACCAAGGUGGCGAAGGAUGGGGACGGUGACGAGAAGGGAGACCCGGCAGGUGUUACUAAGCUGGCUGAGGAUUUGGACGUGACGAAGAUUGAGACUAUGCUGACGGGGAAUGGAUUUUUCCAUAGUUUACAGGCGAACACGAAAUGGAGUUCAGAUUCGCUGGCUCGUGCGCAAUGCGCAUUCGCGGUGAUGCUGCGAGCGACGAUGGCGGCGCACGGCUCGCGCGCGGGCGCUGAUGAGUUCGCGCGCGCCGCGCUGUCUGCCUGCACUGAUUGCAAUCUGGAUGCCGUCAUCGACUUCUAUCAUAGAAACUCGGAGACCAUGCUCAUUGAGAGAGACAUAUCAACUAUGUCCUGGGGCGAGGUGGUAUGCGAGUCUAGCAUUGUAGAAUGCGUGAUCGCAGCCUUGAGCCGGGACGGCUGGACCGCGGCGCCGCACCACUGGGACUUUGCCACCGUCACGCUGUGCACGCUCGUCGAGUGCGUGCACAUGGCGCAGAAACAUUAUGGAUGCACCAAGGUGGCGAUGCUGUCUCUAGCGACGUUCCGGCUGUACUCGUUCGUGGAGCAGUUCAUCGGCGGCAUCAAGGCGGAGUGCGAGCGGCGCCAGCCCCUGCCGCACGUGUUCGAGCUGCUGGCCGAGUGGCGCGACGUGUUCGCGCCCGCGCUCAACACGCAGCUCUAUACUAUUGCAGCGCAUCUGCUGCGUGAGUAAUUACACUGAUAUCAU